AUGCCGCGUCGAAAGCUCCCCGCUGCGGGCGCCGCAUCCACCUCCUCUUCCACACCCGCUGCUGCCACUCCAUCUCGGCGCAUGGAAGCGGCUACCGAGCGCUCUCCCUCUCCCUCCUCAUCACUCGGCGUAGGCAGGGCAUCCAAUCCGCCCUCGUCGCCACACAAGCCGCCACGAUCCAAACCCACCAUGCCUCCGCGCGCACCCUCUCCCACCUUGUCCGAGAUCUCCACCUCUGCCUCCGAGGGCGAGGACGGCGUCACCUCUACCGCGCCACGCGCUGCACGAUCAGCGUCUCCCGAGGGCGACGAGCUUAUGGACGAGUCGAUGCGCGACUCGUCUGCCCCGAACGACGCCGAGGUGACGUGCCAGUGGAACGACUGCGGCGAGACGUUCAACAGUCUGCAGCCGUUCAUCGACCAUCUGCACCACGAGCACAUUGGCAUCCACAAGAGCAAGUACAUGUGCGAAUGGACGGGCUGCAUCCGCAAGGGCAAGCCGCAGACGUCGCGAUUUGCGCUGCUCAGCCAUCUGCGUAGCCAUACGGGCGAGAAGCCGUUCACGUGCCCAAGGCCCGAGUGCGACAAGAGCUUUACAAGGUCGGAUGCGCUCAGCAAGCAUAUGCGCGUGCAGCACAACAUCAUCACGGCCGGAUCGAGGCGUGCGGCGGCGUCGAAUGCGGCCGACGAAGCGGAAGAUGCGUCGAUGGUUGUGGAGGGUGCAGAGGCGACGCCGGCCAAGCCUGCGGGUGGGGCGACGGAUUCGUUGGGCGAUGAGCUGCUCGAGCUCGCGGGGGGUGAGGCCGCCUCGCUGGCAGCGGGUGCGUCGGGCGAGGCGAAUCUGUACACCAUGUCGGCGGACGAGCUGGGUAUCUCCGAACGACUCGGCGCCGAGAGUGAUGCGGAGGAGGCCAGGCGCAACGAGGCGGUGCUGGGGCGUGCGUUGCGCGUGUGGGCCAAAGACGUGCGGGAGCGCGAACGCAACCGCAAACCGCGCGACGCCGCCUCUCGACCCCGCGCAUCCGCCUCGGGCGAACCGGAAGAGGCCAACGGCAAGCGCGACUACGAAAGCGACUCGGCGGACUCGUUGGAUGUCUCGGUGCGUCGCACGCGCCGCAACACGCGCACACGCCGCUCGUCGCGCUUUGCCGAAGACAACACCAUGGAAGCGGCCAAAGCGGCCAUCGCCAGCGCGCGCACCAGGUACGUGGUGGAGAAGGCCAAGCUGCGAUAUGUGCGUGCCGAAAAUGCGCGUCUGUGGCAGCAGCUCAACCAGCUCGAAGCGCAGCAGCAUGCAGUGCGCAGACAGUGCACCCAGGCACUCGAACAUGCCCUCGUCGAAGAGUUGGGUCAGGACGUCGAUGCCAUCUUCACCCCGCCCGCCUCGCCCAAGUCCGCCGCCGCCGCCGCCGUAGGCGGUGAUAACGAGGCCCUAGUUGACGACCAUCGCGCCGCAGCGUGA